ACUUCUGCAGCAAAAAAGAAACAGACGAUGCGUUUCCAACUUGUUGUUGUGACAAUAGUAACAGUUGUAGCAGGAAUACACGGGAGGUACACGCCCAGGAGAGGAUACAGUACCCAAAUCAAUUGGAAAAAUUUCUUUUGUUCAACAUGGUUUCACUGGCCCUGGUUGAAAGAUGCAAACCUGGUGUCGUAUUCAACGGAAAGGGUUUCACAAACACAGUCACUGGUAAAUGACUGCAAAGUUGAUGUUGGCACUUGCCCAGUCGGUUCCUGCUUCAAGUGCCCUGAUUCCGGAUACAUUUGUUCGCAGACUGAGACUCGAACCCAUGAAUGUGCGGAAUUUGGCACGUGGGAGUAUCAGUAUGUAACACAAUGCGUGUGCUGUACGGAUCAUGGUAUCACCGUCAAUGUCAAGGUCGUUGAUUCCGAAACAAAGUCCGGCAUUGAUGGAAUAAGUAUCACAUUUGGGAGGAGUCACGUGGGAGAUACAGACGCCGACGGUAGUCUCACAACUGUCAUAUCCUCCGAUACAAGAAAAUUAGUGAUAAGUGCAAUCGAUUCAAAGAAUGGUGAUUACAUAGCGAAUGUUAAACAUUAUGACUUAGCAGAAGGGUUUCAUGCUCCAGUCGAAGCUGAACUUAUGAUGGUCAAGAAGGCUUUACCAUUCGAGAUCCACUCCACUAAAACAUCCCGGAUAUAUCUGUCAGAAAAUCCACAAGAUCUUUCAGGAUCAAAUGAGGGGAAACCUUUCAUAGAAGUCAGUCCAAAAUCAUUUACAAAAGCUAGGAGGCAGGUGUAUACUGGGUCGGUAAAGGUCAGCGUCAAUAUCAUUGAAACAAACAGCGAAGAUUCUGAGCCUGUUAUACCGGGUCGGUACCAAACCUUCAUCGGAAAUGACGCAAAGACAUUGAUUCCGCAGCUGACAUUUGCCAUUGACUUUAGGGAUAGCAACAAUGAAAAAAUCCGAUUAACAAAAAAUUUAAAGUUUUCUGUUAAUAAUGAUAUGACAAUUUGGAACAUAGACUUCCCGUCGGGUUAUUGGAAAGCGUCUCGCACUGUAUCCAUUACAGGAAGACGAAAACGUCAGACAGACGAACAAACACAAUUCUUGGCAACAAUAGUAAAUGGGCAAUGGACGACAGUCGGCCAAGUGUCAAACCUACCAAACUGUUACAUUAAAACAAGGGUUUUUGAUGAAUCAAGUAGUACAGAAAUUAGUAGUACUUCUACGGCAAUUUUCCAACCAGAAAUUGUUGCUACAAACAGUAAUAAUCAGAAGAUUAGGUUUUACACCGGGUCAACUAAUUCACCCGGGAAUACAUGCUUCCAAGUUGGCUGUCCAACAGACUUCCCACUGUCGGGAACUAUACAACUCAAGGUCACGGAAGCUGUCAGCGGUUCCAGUACUUCUUUUGUUACAUAUCUGACACCAAAGUUAAAAGAAGAUUACGAUGUGUCCCUAUAUGCAAAACUUGACUCUGUUACGUAUGACUUAAUCACUCUUUCACAACAGCCAGGGGCAUAUGCUAAAUUCAUUUCCGAUCCCAUCGGACCAUUUUACGAAGACAUCAGCACAUGUGAAGCUUCAUCUGUAGGACAGCCAUCGUUCCAUUUCAUAAAAUCAGAUCUACCGACGUCGAGCGUAUCGUCAACGACUAGCGCUAGGCUAUGUACAGCUCGAGUUCGUUUCGAUGAUGGUGACAAUCAGAUAUUUUACAGAUAUUUGUCUGGUUUGACGACAUUACCGACUGUAAAGGCUAUAAGCGCAUGGUAUGAGGGACAAACCACUUAUUAUUAUUACACAGAUUUUGCAAAGUUAGAGCAUGCCACUUCAGCAGGGUACUAUUUUGCUUGUUUGAAAUAUCGUUGCGCUCCGGAUGACCCCCGUAAUGAAAGCAUUGGUAACACGGCAUUAUAUUUUGACAUUGAAAUACCAGACAAAGUUCUAGUCGACGUGAAAGGUGAUGGCAGUCUGAUAGAAUAUAGUGUCGAUUGCAGCAUAGGAAAUUGUGCCGGACCGUUCUGUAAGACCAGAUAUGAAUAUAACGAAGAGAAAAACUUCAUAGAUGCAUCACGUUGGGUGGAAAAUGAUAAAAAUAUGCCAGGCAGUUUCUUCAUGCCAGCAGACGAAACAUGCAGUACCAGUACUGACCAUACAAACUUCGCUCAUACUAUAAGAUGCCAUUUUGAAACACCUGGUAAUUAGAAACUCAGAAUCUAAACCUAUUUGUGAAUAGUUCUGUUGAAGAAUUAUAUAGCAUUUGAUAUAAAAUGCAUAAUGUGAAAUGUAUGUGUAUAUCUAACAUUUUAUAAAAUGAACAUUUAGACGAGACGAAAAAAAUCAAGGCUGAAACUGCAACUAAAUAUUUUUAGAUACACGUGAAAUGUCGAUUUUCUUCAUCAUUUACAAAAAAGAAGGAGCUACUUGUUUUCGUUUCCUUGAUAAGUUGCAAAGUGUUAUUUGCCAUUAAGUUUAAUUAAAUAGCGAAUUCCAGGUAGUUCUGAACGUUCGGAUCAUUUCUACAUUGUAAAAUUUGAUUAAACAUUUUUUUUUCAGAAAUUUAGGAUAUACUUGUAAGUAAAUGCAAGAAACAAU